CGGCCUGCAAAGUGGCGAACAAGUUGCCCGCGCGUCGCCGCUCGACGCGAGCUGGAUGGCCCGCUAUAUUAACGUUCGGAUUCCGCGCAGAAGGGUGAUAUUCCACCUCGGGUGCCGAUAAGGAAACACACGACGCGACGGCGAGGGGAGACGAGACGUGCUUACUGCGGCUGCUGUAGCUACCGCUACUGCCGCUCUGCGCUGCGGAUCCUAGAUUACGCGUCCUAGUUAGCUCCUAAUGUCGGAGAGUCUGUGACGGGUAUCGGGGCCCGUCGUUCCCUGUGAAUGUGCGACGCGCUAAAUUGUCUGGAAGGUAAUUAUCGGCUCUCAGGGACGCGGACGCUUUGUCGCGCGCGUUGCGCUAGACACUUAUUUGUACGCUGAUCGUCCGAGGCAGCAAUGUGGUAAGCCAGCCGGCUAGCAAAGUGGAGUUACUGUCACGAACAGUAUUCGUCGAUGACUGAUAAAGUUGGAUAAUUAAUGGUAAGAUGGCUGCUCUCGUGCUGCUUCGAGGAGGUAUUACAUAAUACUGCGGACUCUCAGACAUACAAAGCUUAAUGGGCGCUUUUAAGGAUGUAUGUAUCGGAAAUUCGAUUGCUGCAAAUUUUAGAACAAAUGGCUCAUUCUACUCAAAUGACGUGGGUAAUGAUGGAGGAAGAAGAUCAAUUGAUGGCAGUGUGGCCGGAUGUUGUUUGCAAUCUCAUGGAUGCAACAAAAAGUUUAAAUAUUCCCGACGUUACCACGUGGAUGGCAAAAGUAUUAGAAUACAAUGUUCCAAAAGGAAAGAAAACUCGCGCUUUAACGUUAGUUUAUGCCUAUAAGCUACUAGCACCAAGUGAUCAACUUACAGAAGAAAACAUUCGUGCAGUACGGAUUUUAGCGUGGUGUGUGGAAGUGAUGCAAGCUUUUUUCCUCGUGAUCGAUGACAUCCAAGACGGAUCGUUACUUCGCCGAGGUCAACCAUGUUGGUACCGAAACAAUAAUAUAGGUUUAAUAGCAAUCAAUGAUGGCAUAAUGUUAGAGAACUCUAUUUAUUAUCUAAUUCAAAAGUACUUUAAAGGAAAAGACUACUACGUUAAUUUACUAGAAACAUUCCACGAUACUAUAUUGAAGACAUUAAUGGGCCAAUGUUUAGAUUUACUCUCUACCAAUUUAAACAAAAAGCCAAAUCUGGACUUAUUCACGAUAAAUCGAUAUAAUUCCAUUGUCGAAUAUAAAACGGCGUAUUAUUCAUUUAUUUUGCCAGUAACCGCAGCAAUGCAAUCAGCUGGAAUAAAAGACCCAGAGAUGUAUAAACAAGCAAAAACCAUUUUGUUAGAAAUGGGACAUUUAUUCCAAGUCCAAGACGACUAUUUAGAUUGCUUUGGAGAUACAGAAGUCUCUGGCAAAGAUAAUACUGAUAUACAAGAGGGGAAAUGUUCAUGGCUGGUUAUUGUAGCUCUUCAACGCGCCACUCCGGAACAGCGUAAAAUUUUAGAAGAAUGUUACGGAGAUUCAGAUCCAGAGAAAACCAAACGCGUGAAACAACUCUUCAUCGAUCUGGAUUUACCAAACAUUUAUUCCAUAUACGAAGAAGAGUCAUAUAAACUACUAAAUAUACAUAUACAACAGGUGUCAGACAAGCUUCUACAUAGUCUUUACCAGUUUUUAUUGAAGAAAAUUUACCACAGAAAAUCAUAA